AGACCUUAAUGUGUUGAUGUCGCUGACUUAGAAAGAGAAAGCACUGUUGAGGCACAACAACAGGACAUUCUUUGGUAGAAGAGCUCCCCGUUUCUUGUGUUGUUAUUGAGGCGAAUUUAAAUAAUGAAAACACCGAGCACAAUACAGAGACACAGAGCUUGUACGGCAAACUCCACGAUAUAUUACCUUCUCACAGACGUAUCCUCCACAACAUCACUAUUACUACUAUUAUUACUGUUAUUAUUAUUAUUGUCUCUUUUCUCUUUAACCUGUGGCCAAUUGAGGGGAGGAAGGAGCGUGUUCUCAUCCUCUGUUUCUUGGGCUACCGCGAAACAUUCGUGUGGUGGAGGUGGUGAUUUGUACUUUCUUCAGUCUGUUUUUUGUUUUUCCCCUUUUUUAUACGCUGCCGCAGCCGAGCACUGCAACGGAAUCAAAAAAAUUCGCCAUGUAUGAUUUGUUUGUUCGUUUCCUUGGCUCUUCAGUUCUCCGUUGCCUUCCUUUUCCUUCUCUCUCUAUCUCUUCCCCGUAGGCAUCUCCCUUUUCAUUCUUCGUCUUUUUCCUUCCUCUUUCCUAUUUUAUUUAGUUUUACGCUGUACACACAAGCUCAUCAGCGGAGAAGCGAAAAAAAGAAACUUUAAAAACAAUAACUGUAAUAACCCGUAUUACGAGUUAUCAAACGCCUGCCUCCUACGCUUGCAAUACCCCUAGUUUGUUGGUUCCCGUUUAUGAUUGCGUUUCGAGGCGUAGAGUCAAAAACACACACAACCUGUUCGCUUUCAUCAUUCUCCUUUUUCUUCUAGCUGUAUUUUUUUCUUUUUUUCUCAUUCUUGGAUCUUUGCGCUUCAUCAUCUUCCCCUGACGUUGGCAGAGCCACCCGCAAGGCGUGUGAGAGGCGGUGUCUCAGCAUUACUGGAACCUCAUAGCAGUCUCUGUUGACUGUCAACUUUAUUGCUUGUGUGGGUGUGGAUGUGUGGUGUCUGUGUGUGAGUUGUGGGCUGUUCAAUUCUCUUCUUUUCCUUUUUUGUUUCUUUGAUGAUCCUCAUGCACGUGCGUGUUUGAAACAUUGUAACGUGACUUUCUUUUCACCUUUGCGUGGACCUUCGGCCGUGCUUUUCUUUUUUUUUGUCGUCUGUUCUCCUCUUCGUCGUUGCUCGAACCUCUCUUUUCUUCUCGGGACACUUGAAAGUGUUUUCAUUGGUGUUAGUGUUGUUGUUGUUUUGAAAGUGCUGGCUAUUGCUUUUCGUUCUAUUAACUAUUUUUCCAUUUGUUCGUGUUUGUUCGUGUGUGUGUGUCGGGACCUCUUCGUAUUGCUGUGUUAACCCUCUCCGUCAAUUUUUUUUCCCUUCUGGAGCCUUCUUUCUCUCCCCUGCUUCUCCGUUCUUCUUCUUCUUUUUUUCAUUGUUGUUGUUUCUCGGUGUACGCGCGCACACACCUUCCCAUUUUCUUUUCCCUAAGCCUGGAGCACCACGCAGCUAUACACGUUCUGGAGCCACGGUCAACGCUGCUCUUUUAUUUAUUUAUUUAUUUCUCUUCUCCUUUUGUGUGUCUCUCCGUGUGAGUUUUGUUUCGUUCUCCUUCAGCGAGCGCCUUCGCUACAACACUUCUUUUUCUUUGAAAAAAGAACGAAAGAACGAAACUCGCUCAAUACGCCUCAGCACGUUUUCGCUGCAGCGCCGCCACUUCUUUUGUUGCUGUUGUUGCUGUUGUUGUUGUUGUUUUCACACUGCCGCGGCAUCUCUUGCAUAUCUCUUCGCUGUUGCUAUCACAAGCAAACGAACGGAGGUACAGCAAAUAAAAGAACGUAAGAGGAAGAAUCUAAAGCAACGUAAGGCCCCCGUGGAACAAAAAGAAAAAGAAGAGGAAUGUAUCGCCGUUCGAGUUUGCCGGGAGACGAGGAAGACACGGACGCCGAUCCCUCCUUUGAACUCCAUUUUCGCACCUACGUGUUUCCUACCAGGUCCCCGCAGAACAACAACAGCGACGAUGACUCCACCGAGACGGCGACCUCUCCUGCCCCACCACACCGCCAACCCUACCGCGACGACGCCUCCCCUGUGGAUCUCAAUGCAACCGAGUCCCCGUCUGGACCGGCAACCGCGCGCCUCAACACGGCAGCAUCAGCAAAACCAGCAGCAGCAGCCACUGGACUCUCCGGCCUGCGACUCUUUCUGAAUGUAGAGGAACUCCAGCGCAGCGGGCUUGUGCCGGCGCGGAGCAGUCAACGUGUUCGCUUCGCCGACACCUCGGACGAUGCCCCUGCGCAGCGCGAAAGACGCCGCCGGGAUGCCAACAUCACUGACGCAGCGGCAGCAGCCACGCCGGGCGUCCACGGCGAUAUCACACGCAGCGCAAGGGGUACUACGAAUGACUUCACGACUGCCGAAGUGUUGUCAUCAGAGACGGAAUCGGACUCGUCUGAGGUCGACUCGGAAUCGUUAGAGCCGUACAGCAUGAUCACCAAAACGGGUGGCGUGCACAUCUCCCUCUACACGCAACUCCUAGCGCUCCUGCAGCGAACCUACAGGCAGUACAUGCGUCACAUCAUCACACUCGUGGCGGAGAUCGUCUCCCCGCUCCUCUUCGUUGUGUUGCUCAUCAUCCUUGAUGCGGCGUUUGGCAAGGAGAAAAUCGAUGAAGUGAACCCCGCCGACCCGAUACAGAUCAACUAUCAAAUCGACACCCGUGACUACCAAGCCUACCUUUGCUACAACGACUCGACGCAUCCCAUCAACGGCCUCGUGUCGUGCGCCAACCUGGGCUGGCCUUCCUUGUGUGACGGCGACGAGUCCGGCAUUCCCGUCCAUGGCCUGUGCUACUCCUCGUACUUUUUUUCCCUGCGCAAGGUGAUCCAGUACUACGUCCCCUCGAUGAUGGGCAGCCUCAUCACAAUCCCCACCCUCGACUCCAUCAUUCUCCACCAGUGGCUGGCGAAGAAGGCCGGUCUGGCCGCCAGCUCCCGCUCCCGUACUGCCCUCGCCGCGUUAUCGAGCGUCGGCCUCGGUGUGUCAGCCACCACUCGUUACGACUCCAUUUCCUACUCUGGAAAGCUGUACUUCGCACCGGCCGCGAAGGUGCCGAAAGCGCUGCUGGAGUACAUCCGCACCCAGUCCGCGCUGUUCGACUACGUCGACGGCGGCACCUUUGAAACGGUGGCGGAGGCAGAGCACGCCGUCAAAAGCAGUUCGGCGACGCAGCAGUCACUGGACUCCAUCUGGGGCCUCGUCAUCAUCCACGACAUCGAAGACGGCUUUGAUGUGCAGAUUCGCCUCCACGGUGCGGCCCUGCCCUCCUUGAAACCACCUGUGUCUGUCGAGUACCGCAGCGGCUUCCUGUCGGACGGCACGGACAUGUACUUCGCCUCCGGCUUCCUCUCGCUGCAGAAGGUGCUGUACGACUACUUCUACUCCACGAAAGUGGCCAGCGGCAGCCUGCCGAACGUCGCCGCUGGCACGCUGUCCGCGUACGGCACCGACAACGUCUACACCCUCGCCGCGUCUUUUCCCUGGGUUCACUCCCGCAACCCGUACCUCCUCAACUUCGCCUCCUCCCUCGUUGCCUUCAUCGUCGUCCUCUCCUUCCUCUACCCGUUCUCGCAGAUGACGAAGCGGAUUGUCCUGGAGAAGGAGCUGCGCAUACGCGAGUCGAUGUGCAUCAUGGGACUGAACCGCGCCUCCCUGUGGCUCAACUUCCUUCUCGUGACCUUCCUCGAGUACGUGAUCAUCUGCAUCCUGCUCACGAUUCUCCUCUGCGCCGUCGUCGCCACCCGCUCCAGCUCCUUCACGAUCUUUCUCAUCCUGCUGCUGUACUCCUGCACGCUGAUCCCCCUCAGCGGCUUGCUGUCAACCUUCUUCAGCAGGGCGCGUAUGGCAGCGCUCAUGUCCCCGCUGAUUUACUUUGUCCUGUCCAUGCCGAUCUUUGCCAUGGGUUCCGCCGGGGCAAAUGCCGUGUUGGGGCUCUCCAUCCUCUCCCCCACCGGUCUGGCUUCCCUGCUGACCUUUGUAUUCGCCGCGGAGGCCGGCAGCGGUUUCCACCCUAACGACUUCCACAACCCUUACUUCUCCGUGAAGCCCUACCUUGUUAUGAUCAUCGUUGCCUGCGACGUGGUGCUCUACCUUCUGAUCAUGUUCUACCUGGAUCUUGUCCUGCCGCAGGAGUGGGGCUCGCGCAUGCAUCCGCUCUUCUUCGUCACGGCGCCGUACAAAAGCUGGAAGAAGAAGCGUUGUGCAGCGGCAAGGGCAGGAACGGCGGCGCCGACGAAGGGCCAGGGGCACCACGCCAACAGCAACACGAGCUCAACGUCGAACGCGCAGGUGCUCGAGCGCAGCGGCGAGUGUCUGUCGCCCAGCAACGACGGCACCGCGCCGCCGACUCGGCGACCGCACAAGGUGGGUCCCGGCAGCCUGGCCACGACCACCACCUCCUCUCGCACGAACCCCUUCGACCCCACCGUCAGCCGCGACUCCCUCACAGGGACAGAGAAGAGCGUCGGCGUGCGGGUCGAUAGCGUGUCCAAGUACUUUGUGCGCAACGGCGAGAGGUUUGCCGCAGUGAAAGACAUCUCGUGGAACAUGUACCGUGGCGAGAUCUCCGUGCUGCUCGGCCCGAACGGCGCGGGCAAGUCAACGACGAUCAACGUGGUCACUGGCAUGCUCACGCCCAAUAGCGGAGACUGCUUCAUUGAGGGGCACUCCGUCACGCAGGACACGACGCUGGCGCGGCACGAGAUUGGCUACUGCCCACAACACAACAUCCUCUGGCCAGACCUGACCUGUCGCGAGCACCUUGAGUUCUACGGCAAGAUCAAAGGACUGCGCGGCGCCGACUUGGAAGAUGCGGUGGUGGACAUUCUCCGUGCCGUCGACCUGGAGGAGAAGAUCGAUGCCAUCCCGACCCUCAUGUCGGGCGGGCAGCGGCGUAAGCUGUCCGUCGCCAUCGCCUUUGUCGGCCGCAACAGGGUUGUCCUCCUUGACGAGCCCACCACCGGCAUGGACCCCGCCGCCCGGCGCCACAUCUGGUCGCUGCUGCGUGUCAUGGCUGUGCAGCGCACCAUCAUGCUGACGACGCACUACAUGGACGAAGCCGAUCUACUGGGCGACAACGUGGCCAUUGUGAACGACGGCGUCAUGCAGUGCGCCGGCACCACGCAGUUUCUGCGCCGCUACGCCGGGGUCGGGUACACCGUUCACUUCGACCUCUCCCCCAUCCCCACCCACUCCGCACCCGAGGAGCGGCAGGCGAAGGUGGCGGCGGUGUGGGCGCAGCUGGACGCGGUCGUCAGGCGGCACCUCGUGGGCGCCAAGCUCGCCCUGCAGACGGAUGCGGAGGUGGAGUACGAGAUGCACCAACAGACGGAGGCCUGCAUACCAGAAUUUCUGAAGGAGAUGGAGUCGCGUGGCAACCGUCAGAUCGGCAUCCGCGGCUACGCCUUGAAGGCGCCGACGCUGGAGGACGUCUUCAUGCGUGUGGUGGAACACCAAGUAUCGACCAGUUCGUCAUCGUCGCCGCUUCGGCAGCGGCAGCCGCAGCAGAUUGGUGAUCCUGCAACGACGGCGGAGCGCACUCGCACGACGACGAACAGCGAUCCAUUUGAGCAACCGCCCAACUCGAAGGGUGCGUUGUCUCGCACUGGCGGUGCUGGUGCUGGUGUUGAAGCGGGGGACAAAAACAACCGUGGCGGCGGCGGCAACGGCAGCCUGCUCAUUAGCCCCUCCCUCGCCACCCCCCCGCUGCAGCGGCGCAUGUCGCGUGCCUCGCGUCACUUUUUCAACGGCGAGACCCUCCUCAACUACGGCGACGACGCGGAGCCGAGCGAGGAGGACGACGACGCGGACAGCUGCACGAUGGACGCCGUCAUGUCGUUCAGUGCUCUCGUGAAGCGUACGGACCACCCCAACGCGCGCGGCUUUGUCGCUCGUCCCGGCACAUUGUACGGCAACAGGGGCGGGAAUAACAACAGCAACAGUUUCAGCAUCACAAACAGCAAUACGGUCGGGGGCGGUGGCAAGGUCGCGGAGCCGUCUGCGCAAGCCUCGUCCGUCUUCGUAGACAGAGCAAACAGGGCAGCCAACGCCACAGGACGAUCUCCGCUGGCUAGUGAAUCUCAACGGGUGGAGUGGACGAGGGCUGCAGCCGCAGAAUCCGCCCACGGCAGCAAGGGCAGCAACGUCGAUGGAGCCUCGCCGGUGCCAACGGUGGUGGCCAAAGUGCAGCCGGCUAAUGGAGGAGAGCAAGAGACGCAGCAUCCGCGGAGCCCGGCGAACCGGCUGAACGGAGCUGCGGUGCGCAACGAGGCCUUCCUGUACAAGCACGUGACGGAUCGCCACCUCGCGCAUGUGUGGGCCACGCGCACGACGGCUCGCCGCGGCAACCUGUGGGCGUUGCAGCUGCGGGGCAUGAUGUACAAGCGCGUCUUCUGCGCCAUUCGUGACCGUCGCAUGCUCUUCUUCCAGAUUAUCUGCCCCGUCCUGUGCAUCCUGCUUGCGAUGCUGCUGCAGCUGGUGAAGGACAAGAACAACGGGACGGUGCAGCUGUCUCCCAGGGGCCUUCUGGAGAAGACGAUGAUGCCGGUGUCCGGCUGUGCGCAGUACUACGGCCCCGUCUCCCUCUUCAGCACGGUGGCUUCCGACAAGUUCAACGUGGAGGUGACGGACCCCAACUUCGUCUCCGCGGGCGACAUGGCCAAUGAGCUUCUUGACACCUGGCACACCCACAAGUAUGGACGCUACGUCGCCCUGCAGUGCGCGAACCCGCUUUUCCAGCGCUACAUGCAACUCGCCCACAGCGCCUCCCUCGGCGGCCGCACCGUUGUGGUCCUCCUGUACAACACAUCCUCGCAUAACAGCCUUCCAAUUUCGCUGCACACCGCGUACGCGAUGGCGUACUACACCGGCCUCGGCAACACCUCCGCCACCUUCGAGAUGAGUGUCACCUCGCUGCCGGAGAACAAGCAGUCCUCCACGGGGCGCAACGCCAUCGCCGGUAUUCUUAUCGGCGUGAUUGUGCUCAUUCCCUUUACCUUCCUCCCCGCCAACCCGGUCGCGUGGGUCGUGAAGGAGUACGAGACGCGCGCGCGUCACCUGCAGACCGUGUCGGGCCUAAACUACCUCGUCUACUGGGCCGGCAACUUCCUCUUCGACUUCACCUCCUACGUCGUGUGCAUCGUUCUGGUGAUGAUCAUCUUCGUCAUCUUCCAACGCAGUGAGUACAUCGGCUACGCCACCAUCGGCCCCACCAUCGUCGCCUUCGCCCUCUACGGCGUCUGCUACUGCUGCAUGUCCUACAUGGUCAGCUUCUUCUUCUCGGAGCACACGGCGGCGCAGCUGGUGGUGCUCGGCAUCAGCUUCCUCACCGGUUUCCUCUGUGUGAUGCUGGUCUUUGUGCUGAGUCUGCUGGAGAAGACACUCGACGCGUCGGAUAAGCUGCGGUGGGUCUUCCGGCUGCUCCCGCCCUACUCCCUUGGCGAGGUCAUUCUGAACCUCGCGCUGCUUGAGCAGAAGCGACUGACGGACACGUCGCUCACGGCGUGGAGUAUGUCCAUCACGCUGUGGCCCGACAUCUACAUGGCGAUUGAGAUUCCCGUCUUCGCCGCCAUCACCUUGCUGUGGGACCACCCGAACCGUCGCGCGGUGCUGACGCGCGUGCAGGCGUACCUCCGCUCCCACUGCUGCUGCGGCGGUGGCGGUUGCCUCGGAAGGAAGCAGAAAGAGACGCGCCGUGUGGAGGAAGAGCAGCGUAAGCGGGACGAGGCGAAGGGUCCGAGUGGGGGUGGUGUUGGUGGUGCGAGUUUGGGCAGCUCGGGGGCCUGCGGUGGACGUGGCAACCGCCGCGGCAGUGUUGGAGCGUCCGCUGCUGUCACGCCGUUUUCGCCGCCACGGCCCCAAGGGGCGCAGACCAGCAGCAACAACGUCCACGUCAGCACUGCGAACGAGGACGCGGGCCACUCCAGCACGUUCGUCGUAUUCGACUCCGGUGCAUUUCUGAAGUCGGCGAGCCCCGGCGUUGGGCAGUCCGGCGAGGAUAAAUGCGCCAACUCCCUCUCGGUGCGCGGGCGUAGCGCCGUCGCGGAGGACACCAGUGGCAAGGCCGAGGCGAGCCGGCCGGAGAGCGUCUUGGUGCUGUCCGUCUCCGCCGCUCCCCAGCUAUCGAUGGCGGCGUCGUCUGGGUCGCCGUCGUCGGCGGUCCACCCGCUGCUCACUCGACUCCCCACCGUCCUCUUCAACACUCCGGAAGACAGUAUGAACAGAACAACACCAAUCGCAACACCAACAGUAGCAGCGGCGUCGCGGCGCAACGUCCUCCGUCGCCGCUCGGAUCCGGAAGCGAUGCGGCUGCAGGCGAGCGCGUUUGCGGCGCCGCCGGCGGAGAUGAUCUACCCACCGCUGCGGUGGUACGUCGGGGACGAUAUGUGCCUCGAAGAGGAGGACAGCGACGUCGAGGAGGAGCGGAACGCGGUGUACAGCGAGGAGCGCCUCCCCCAGGCCGAAGGGCACCCCGCCAAGCGGCCCCGCACGCCCACCUCAGCGUCGAAGGAGUCGAAGAAGAAGAGCAAAAAGGAACGGGGCGGGAGGGGGCUGCCGAUGGUGUCGGAAGAUCAUCAGCCACAGUCGGCCGCCGCGCCGGAGCAGGUGAAUGCGGAUGUGAUUCGUGUGGUGGACCUUCGCAAGGUCUACGACACCCCCCACAAGGUGGCCGUGAGCGACCUCACCUUCAGCGUCAUGCACGGCGAGGUCUUCGGUUUCCUUGGCACGAACGGCGCGGGCAAGAGCUCCGCGCUCUCCAUCCUGACGCAGGAGCAGCCCCCCACCAGCGGACGCGCCUACGUGUGCGGGCACGACGUGGUGCGGGACAGCGCCGCUGCGGCGAGCUGCCUCGGCUACUGUCCGCAGUUUGACGCGUGCCUCGACUUGCUCACCGUGAAGGAGCACCUGCGCGUCUACUCGCUCGUCCGCGGUGUCUCAGUGGACCGUGUGGAGUCACUCGUGUCCAGCCUGCUUGCGAUCUGCAACUUGACGGAGUACCGACACGUACUGUCCGGCGAGCUUUCAGGUGGCAACCGUCGCAAGCUGAGCGUGGCCAUUGCGCUGAUUGGCGCGCCGAAGGUGGUCUGUCUGGAUGAGCCGACCUCCGGCCUGGACCCGCUAGCGCGGCGCGUGAUGUGGCGUGCGCUGGAUCGUGUAUCCUGCAUGUGCUCCAUCAUCCUGACCACCCACCACCUCGAGGAGGUCGAGGCCCUCGCGGACUGCGUCGGCAUUAUGGUGGACGGCGGCCUCCGCUGCUUCGGUGACCUGCCGCACCUCAGGCACAAGUACGCGCGCAACGCCUACGAACUAACCUUGUGCGUGUCGGCCACGUCACGGAGGCGUGCGAUGGAGCGGCGAGAGACAGCCCGGCAUCAGGCAUUAGCAGCCCCAGCACCACCAUCAGCAGCGGAGGCGGGUCGACGGGGCAAUGCAAGCACGGAUUCACCCCACCCCAGUGGUGCAACGCACGCCACCAGCAGCGCAUCCUUUACGCGGAGCCGCAUGAGGUCUAUCUCGUACGCCGGCAUCGACCACAUCGACACCACCGACGACAUCUUCCAGUUUAUGCUCGUGCACUUCCCUUCCGCGCUGCUCGUUGACAACUUCAACAACGAACGUUUCGUGUACACGCUGCCCGCCACCCGCGACGUCGCCUAUGCGAUGCAGCGCCUGCAGAAUCAGCAGCAGCGCCGCGGUAAUGUGUCCUUCCGCAGUCAGUCCAUCCGCAACGUGUCCACCAACUUCGGCUUUGGCUCGAUAUCGCGCAGCAACUUGAGCAACCCCAUCCUCCGCCUCUCCGACGUCUUUGAGAAGCUACAGGCCGCGCAGGAGAGCCUCGGCAUCACCGAGUACAGCGUCUCGCAGGUCUCGCUCGAGCAGGUCUUUCUGCGAGUCUGCGGCACGGCCGAGGAGGCGAAGAAGAUCCGUCGCAUGUCGCAAUCUAUGGCGAUGAACGAGGCGGCCACGUCGCCCGGCUUCAGCCGUUCUCUUCAAACCCCGCACCGCCGGCAGAGCCAUCGGCUGGGUCGCAGCAGCUCCAUCUUUGUGAACAGCGACUUCUUCGCGCCAGUCGACCCGGAUGCGCCGCCUCCGUCGCGGCGACGGCUCAACACGGUCUCCCUAGGAGGGCCGCCGACGCGCGUCACGUUUUCGGAGUACCGCCGACAGCGAGCCCUGAUGCGCCUGCGCGCGGACGCAAGGAAGCCAAUCAGGACCCCGUCGGAAACAGAGGGGGCAGCAGAACCGGAUCAGGGAGAUCCCUCGUAA